AUAAAGUCACUCAAUUGAAACACCAUUACAGCCGGGAGUUUCCGAUCCAGUCCGUAAUAAAUUGUUGUGUGGCUAUCUGCGUGGCCACGAUUACAAUUCUUAAACAUUCUUCUGGGACACUUAAUCCUCUACUCAAACAAGUCAAAGUAUCACUUUCACAAAUACUCUCUCAAUUCUUAUAAGCAAAUUUUAACUUUUAAGUUCCUUAAAUAAUUGAUGUAGGAGUCUACAUAUAAUCUGAAUAGACUCACACACGUUCCGUUCGUUCCUUCUCCCCAACCCAAACUGUCAUGCUGUCUGCCUCACUCCUUCAACCUGCAGAAAUUAUGGAGGCAGCAGAGGCACCAAUUCCCUCAGAGUCAGAGUCAUUAUGGGAUCAGAUUACCAAAUUCACAGCCACUAUGAAUGCGGCAUACAAAAGAAAGCCAAUCCCUUAUUGGAUUCUUCUUUUUCUCGGCAUCAUUGCAAUGGUGGUGGCAUUUCCUGCUUCCAGCAUUCUAUCUCGUGUUUAUUACGCCAAUGGUGGCCAGAGCAAGUGGAUCAUAUCUUGGAUAGCGGUUGCUGGAUGGCCUCUAAUUGCAUUCAUAUUGUUUCCUACAUACUUCAUUACCAAAACCUUUCCGACUCCUCUCGGCUUCAAACUGUUUCUGUCUUACAUUGUUUUGGGUUUCCUAAGUGCUGCUGAUAAUCUCAUGUAUGCUUAUGCUUACGCUUACCUACCUGCAUCUACUGCUGCUCUUGUUGCCUCGUCGUCUCUUGUGUUUUCUGCACUUUUCGGAUACGUUCUAGUCAAUAACCGGAUGAAUGCUUCUAUAGUAAACGCCCUUUUUGUGAUAACUGCUGGAUUGACCAUCAUUGCUUUGGAUUCAAGUUCAGAUAAAUACGAUAACAUAAGCAACAGUCAAUACGUUAUGGGAUUGGUAUGGGAUGUUUUAGCUUCUGCUCUUCACGGACUUAUUUUUGCACUCUCCGAGCUGGUUUUCGUGAAACUAGGACGAAGAUCGUUUGUCGUUGUUCUGGAACAGCAAAUCAUGGUUUCAUUGUUUGCAUUUCUGUUUACCAGUAUAGGGGUGAUUGUAAGCGGUGACUUUCGAAGAAUUUCAUCCGAGGCUACUACCUUCAAAGGAGGUAAAAGUGCUUAUUAUCUUGUUCUUAUUUGGGGUGCAGUUACUUUUCAGUUGGGGGUUUUAGGGGCAACUGCUGUGAUUUUCUUGGCUUCAACUGUGCUUGCUGGUGUACUUAAUGCAGUAAGAACACCAGUAACAAGUAUUGCUGCUGUUAUUCUGUUACAUGAUCCAAUGAGUGGUUUCAAAAUCCUAUCACUAUUGAUUACCUUUUGGGGAUUUGGCUCAUAUAUUUAUGGCAGUUCAAUGGAUCAUAAACAAUCUUAAGAGUUGCUCCCUAAAUUGGGCUCCAUUUCAUAUCCUCUUAAAAAAUUAUGAAUAUUUGAGUAUAUUUUUAUUUGUAUGUGCAAGUUACAGAGUUUUGAAUUGAACAUGCCAUAAAUGCUAGAUGCAUACCUAGAACAUACCAAGUGGAAGUAAUCAUAGGAAAUUGUAAUUCUACCACACCACAUUUAUACAAUCUACCAUAUUUUUAUUUCAA